AUGGACAUGACGGAAAUGUACCUCACUGAAAAGCUUGUUUUCGGGCAAGUCGAAGAGUUGAAACCAGUCGAUGAAAUUGAGAACAACGCAAACAUACAAGAUGAUAGCAUGGACAACAAAAGCAGCAUGGUGAACAUAAACACUCAAAAGCCAAAGAUUGGAGCUUUGGAGAUGUUACUAGAAGCAUAUUUUGUCCAAAUGGAGGGAGCACUAAGCAGAUUGUCAAAUAUGAGGGAAUAUGUUGAUGAUACAGAGGACUACAUCAGCAUCAUUUUGGAUGACAAACAGAACCAGUUGCUACACAUUGGGAUUAUGUUAGGUACCACACUCAUUGUGAUGCAUUUGGGCAUGGCUGUCAUUGAUUCUCUCAACAUGAAAAUCCACAUCUCCGUCUACGAUGGCGUCAAUAGGCAGUUCAAUGAAGCUACUGCGGGCAUCGUGGGUGGUUGUUUAUGCUUACUUUUUGCGGCCCUCCUACUUUUGAAGACAAAAGGAUUGCUAGGAUGA